AUGGAGAAGUUGGGCUGUACCUGUCCCGAUUUUAAUUUUAAAAAUGUUUGGGACGGAGUUGUCGACUAUUUUAGGAGAUGCAAAGCAAACAUCCCUUCCAAAGGGAAGAGCGCUGACAACGCGGGAACAAAUGAAAUAGAAACAGGAGUAUACGAAGUCCAUAAAACUCCCAAUUUUCUCCCGCCCCAGUCUUCAUCUGAAACUGAUAAUAGCACGGUCAUCUACAAGGCGCUUUGGUCAUUUGAGGCUCGAGCGGAGGACGAACUUUCAUUUAAAAAAGGAGACCAGUUCAAAAUUCUUGAGCGCUCCCCGACAGGCGACUGGUGGAAAGCGGAGAGAAUAGAUCGAAAUGGAGAGGCUAAGGCCACUGGCUUUGUCCCUCACAAUUACCUGGCAAGACAAGAGGCUGUCGACUCCCAGCCAUGGUAUUUUGGGAAGUUGAAUCGCUUUGAGACCCAAAGCUUGCUAAUGGCUCCCGGGAAUGAGGUGGGGGCCUUCUUGGUGCGACAGAGUGAGAAAGAAGACGUGGGCUGCGUGCUGUCAGUGAAAGUGAGUGAAAAAGAGGUGACGCACUUUAAGGUACAUGAGGAUGAAGAGGGUGGCUUUUUCGUCGACCAGAACGACACAUUCUCAAGUCUGGGAGAGCUGGUGGAGUUCUACAGGACAAAUUUCAUGGGUUCCAACACCAAGCUAAAAGAGCCAUGUAUGCGGCCAGAGCCCAAGCCCCAGGACCUGUCCCAUAUUACAGUGGAUGACUGGGAACUACCCAAGAACCAGUUCAGUCUGGAGGAGCAACUGGGCAGUGGUUACUUUGCUGACGUUUACCGGGGCAAGUGGAAGGGUAUGGUCAACGUAGCCAUCAAAAUCCUCAAAAACAACGACACUUUGGAUCAUAAGGAAUUUCAGUUAGAGACUCAAAUACUGAAGAAACUUAGACACAGACAUCUCAUCUCGCUCUUUGCCAUCUGUACGGACACGACCCCCUUCUACAUCAUCACUGAGCUCAUGGAGAAAGGCAAUCUGCUCUACUUCCUGCGAGGGCAGGAAGGUCGAAGCCUUGAUUUUAUGGCCCUCACUGACAUGGCUUCCCAGGUGGCUGACGGAAUGGCUUAUUUGGAAUCCCAAAACAGUAUUCACAGGGACCUGGCUGCACGGAAUGUUCUAGUAGGGGGGGACUGCAUCUGUAAAGUGGCUGAUUUCGGCUUGGCCCGAGUCAUUAAGGAACCGUUUUAUGAGUCUGAGGAUAAGACAAUACCAUAUAAGUGGAGUGCACCAGAGGCCAUCAGUCAUGGAAGAUUUUCUAACAAAUCAGACGUGUGGUCAUUUGGUGUUCUCCUCUACGAAAUAUUCAGCUAUGGCGGUGCCCCAUAUCCAACUUACUCCAAUCACGAGGUGUUUCGACUCAUCUCCUCCGGCUACAGAAUGCCUUCCCCCCUGAACUGUCCGGACCAUAUUUAUGACAUAAUGCACUUGUGCUGGAAAGGACCGCCAAACGAACGGCCUGACUUCAGAGAGCUGAAACCUCUCUUGGAAGAAGCAGGUCGCUAUUCCGACUGGACAGGAGAGUACGACAGUGACACUGCAGAUCCACCAGAGGGCAGCAAUGAGAAAAAUCAGCCUCUUGAAAAAGCUGAGACAGAAUCCUGA